UCGGGGCGUCACCGCGGCACCGUAACCGAGCGCUCGGGGGCGACGCCGGGCCCGGCCCGUCCGGCUGCCCCCGGGGCUCGGAGGCUGUCACGCGUCGUUCCAAACGUGCCGUCUGCUCUGCAGCUGGCCCAGCUGCCUGCCUGCUCACACACGGGGCUCUGUCGUGACUUGAGUUUAAGGACGGCCUGGGGCUGCUUUUCCAGCCCCCCUGCACUCCCGGUCGGGCGAGGAAGCAGCCUCGGUGUGACGGGCGGAAGGCGCUCCGGCGGCACCGCCCCGGCUGGGCAUGGCGGCGGGCGCGCGGCAGCGGCAACUCCCGGCCUGGAUGGGGGCGGCGGGGGACGAGCGGGCGGCGGCGGCCCCGUCGCCCAGGGCCGGGCGGCGGCGGCGGGCGGCGGCGGGGCGCAGGCCGGCGGCGCUGUACUGCAUGAACGAGGCGGAGCUGGUGGAGGUGGCCCUGGCGGUCCUGGCCGAGAAUCUACAGUGCGAGGAAGGUGAAGAGAAUGCCCGGUCCACGAGCGAAGAGGAGCAGGAGCUCCCGCCAACACCAAACGAGGUUCCUGGAAGUGCGGCCAACAGGGAUGGAGGCAGUGACCGUGGUCCAGCACUUCCAUGCCCUCCUGGUGCUGGUGCUGACGCAGAGAGAACAGACGGGAAGAACUCUGAGGACGAUGUCCUGAAAUACGUCAGGGAGAUCUUUUUCAGCUAACAUCUCUGACUUCCCAGGAGAAGAGGGCACAAUAGGGAGGGUGUCUCCUCCCGCAGCCCUGAGAACCGUGGGAGGAGGGCUGUGCAUCCAUCUGCUGUAGGAUACCCAGGAAGGCCAGAGGGGGAAAGAAAGGAGGUACUCAGUUCUCCCACUCUGUGCUGGGCUCGGUGGGAUUUGGUUCCAGAUUAGGAUGUGUUCAUUUCUGUUUCACAUUUCAGAGCAUGGACAGAUUAAAGAGGACAUUUGUGUUUC